AGCUUCUCGCUCCCUCCCCUUCCCGGCUCUGUAGGUGCUGCCGGGAGGCGGCGGCACCCGGGCGUCCCCGCUUCCUUCGCUGCGGCGAUGCUGCUGCUGCUGCUGGGCGCGGGGGCCGCGUUGUUCUGCCUGCUGGACGCCUGGUACCUGCUGCGCCUGCCCCUGGCCGUGCUGCACGCCAAGUGGCUGCAGCCCCGGCUGCGGGACGUGCUGCAGGAGCAGAGCUGGCCGGGCCUGGUGCUGCCCUCCGACCUGGACUGGCUGCUGCACAUGAACAACUCCCGCUACCUGCGCGAGGCCGACCUGGCGCGCUGCGCCCACCUGGCGCGCUGCGGCAUCUUCGACGCCCUGCGCGCCCUGGGGGGCAGCAUGGUGCUGGCCGCCUCCUGCGCCCGCCACCGCCGCUCGCUGCGCCUCUUCGAGCGCUUCGCCGUGCGCACCCGCCUGCUGGGCUGGGACAGCCGCGCCUUCUACCUGGAGCAGCGGUUCGUGAGCCCCCGCCAGGGCUUCGUCUGCGCCCUGCUGCUCUGCCGCCUGCACGUGGUGGGCAGCAGCCCCGGGCGCCUGGUGCAGCACCUGUGCCAGAAACAGGUGGACUCCCCUGAACUUCCAGAGGAGGUGCAGCAUUGGAUCAGCUACAAUGAAGCCAGCAGCCAGAAGCUAAGAGCUGAAAGCGGCCUGGGAAUCAAUACCAAGGAUGAGUAACCAGACAUUGUUUUUCCCUGCCUGUUUUUCUCGAGACUACA